CCGGUUUUUCUCUCCAGUUCAAAUUUUGUUGUUGUCAAAAAUCGUUUCACCGACCGUGCGUGCUGCGUGCAGUUUUUAUUUUUUUACUGUUUGGUUGCGAAGCCAACAAUUGAGAAAACAUGGACGUUGAUUCUUGGAAUCGAAUGCGUAAUAAUUUAGCUCACCUGUUUAUUCGUGAUGGUGAUUCAAACGCCAAUCAUGAAACGAAUGGAUCAGACAUGGAGGAUUCAGAGGACUCAGUUCCCUCCUCAUUAUUGAGUCUUCCAACGUUCCGUGCACUGAAGGAAAUCAGUGAUAGAAAGCAGGAAAUUGUAACUCUUGAGAAUGAGCUGCAUCUUAAACGUUUUAUCAAAGGAUUUGAUAAAGUUCAGACUGUUGUGUAUGAUGGAUUGGAGCUAUGGAAUCAGGUUGCGACAUGUUUAGAGUUCUUGCACUCUUCUAGUCUUACUAUACAGCAAGCGUUGAAGGACCCCAUGGCUGAAGAUGCUCUGCCUCUGCCUCACCACUUGCACAGUAAAGCAAUUCAAACUGUAGAAGACUGUCUUUGGAUAAUCCAGCAACGAGGAUGGCAACCUAUGGCUUUCGAAGUUGAUUGGGACAAUCUAGUCAUGAAAUUGCAACAAGAAGUGAGCAACAUAACAAUAUCAUCUAAAAUGUCAGAAAAGCAUCUGAAUGAAGUCAUAUCUUUAAAAAGUAAACUGGAUACAUUCCUGAGAAAUCUUCCUUCUUUUAAAAGGAUUUAAGGUACUUUGCUAUUAACAUUAUUUUGUAAGAUGUUUAUUAAAUUUUAUAUGGUGUAUAAGCUUA